AUGCGCCACACAAUCCUUCGCAAGGACACUCGGUGGCGCCCGGUAGCGUUAGUACUGAUGGUGGUACCGUUCGCACUGAUCAGCCAGCUAGUCCCGGCAACGGUGAGUGCUUCGCUGGUGCGCACGCUAGCGCUGGAGGCAAACGAUCUGCUAAGCACCUGUCUCGCCCGCAACGGAUCCCGGUGGGAGUGUUUACGCAACGAGACCCUGACGAUGGUGGAACAGCUGUCGAGGAGCCAGCGCAUCAACCUGCUCCGUGGCAUCUAUCUGGUGCGAACCGAUACCGACGGGCUGCCACAGUCCGCAUUCAAUGUACGGAACAAACUGGAGGACGCCGAUGGUGACGGAAAGCUGCAUCGCUCCGGUGCGUGGAGUGCUACGGUCCUGGGUGCACUGCGACGCAUCCUUCGGACCCAUCUGCUGGAGAUCAGCCUAGCGAACACGGACGGUGGAAGACGGCAACCAGCAGCAGCAGCAGCAGCAGCAGCAGACGAAACCCAGCUUCUCACCGUUCGUUUCACCGGAAAGCCAGCAUACGCCAUGGAGCAUACGCCUGUUGAAGGACGGAACAGGCGCCGGCAGCAGAUGAUACCGAUGAUGAUCUUCGGCGUGACGGUGUUCGGCAUGUUUAUCGUGCCGAUCGCCUUCCAGUUUCUGACCGCGCUCAGCGGCAAAGCGUUCCUGAUGGCGAAGCUGGCCCUGCUGCUAGCCUCUAUAAACGGCCUUAAACGGGUGGCUUCGACCGGCGUGCACUACGGGCUGUACCAUGCAGUGGACCACUACCCAUCAUCACCGCAUCACCAUCCCGGUGCCGCCCAUCCGCACUUCGGGCCCGGAUCGCCGCUGCUGUACGAUCGAGCGGAGGCUUACGCCGAAGGACCGCGCCAGGAUGGCGCUACCCUAGGCUAG